AUGCCUACAGAAUCUGAAAUUAUCGAGGCUCGUGUUCAAAGUGCCAUUGAGGCAUAUCACAACAUGGAAACCCCUAAUGCUGCGGCCGCUGCACGCCUACACAACGCGCCGCCCGAUCGCGUGUGCCGACGCCUCGAGGGCAUACCAAGCAAGAUGAAGAGGCCUGGCAGCAAUAAGAAGCUUGAUAUACACCAGGAGGCUACGGUCUUGGCCUAUAUUAAUCGCAUGGAUCGCAUUGGAACCGCCGCCUUGUUCCACCAAGUGCAUAAUGCUGCACAGCGCAUCCUGAAGCUACACGCACCUCACGGCACCGUACCGGUCACUCUUGGACGCGACUGGACCAAAGAACUUCCUUAA